UAUAUAUGGCGACUUCAGAAGAACUAAACGACGAGUUAACAUGUACUAUUUGUUUAGAGACGUUUAAGGAUCCAAAAUGUUUACCGUGUCUUCAUACAUUUUGUGAAGGAUGUAUUCAUACUUAUAUUGUGUCUACAUUUGAAAAAGAUUAUUCAAAAGGUGGGUUUUUAUGUCCAAUAUGUAGGUACUUUGUGAAAAAGCCGACAAAAGAAACUUUACCUAAAAUCUGGUGCCAGCAACUACCAUACAAUCAGUUAAUCCUUUCACUUAUUGACAAAAAAGACAUAUUAACAUCUUCGAAAAAUUGUAGCUCUUGUGAUAUUCAGCAAAAGGCACAAGUAGCGCACGAAUGGUGUUUGGACUGUGAAGAAGCAUACUGUUCACAAUGUAGCACUUUUCACAGAUCAUUUAAGGUUUCUUCAAAACACAAGAUUGUUUUAAUACGUGACAUCCAACGUAAUCCAAAAGAUUUUAGGUAUAGAAAGACUUUAUAUUGUAAUCUUCAUUCCGAAAAACCCGUAGAGAUAAUUUGCACUGAUCAUCUUAUGCCUUGUUGUACAGUUUGUGCUGCCGUUUAUCACCGAAAAUGCGACAGUGUCAUUCCGAUUGAAACAGCUGCACAGGGAAUAAAGGAAAAGGCAACAAUCAACGACAUGAUGAAAGAACUAUCAGAAGAAAGCAAAGCAGUUGAUAACGCACUUAUACAUAGGAAGAAAUUUAGUUCGGUGUUUGAAAGUCAAGUCGAGUCCAUACUGACAGAAAUAAAGAAAAUCAGAUCUAACAUUGAAAAACACCUAGAUGAUAUUCAGGCAAAUAUUCAGUCAGAAUUGAAUGUUGUCAAGAAAGAAGUGAAUCUUCAAAUAAACGAUGAUCAGGCUCAUUUGUCUAGUAUAAAAAGUACGAUCGAAAAUUGGAUUAGUAUAAUAGAGACAAGUAACAGUCAAGGUACUGAAAUACAAUGCUUUCUAGAGAUUAACAAAAUCCUAUCUCAAAAGUUCGAAUUAGACAGAUCUUUGUCGGAUCGUCUUCAAGAAAUGAGAAAUUCCAGGCUAACACUCAAAAGGGACCUAUAUCUUCAACAGCUUACGUCUUUACAAACAUUUGGCAGUAUUCACAAACACGACUUCUUUUGGCGGUCAGUAAAUUUUCAUUCAGGAGAAAUCAAACAUCUUUUGUCGAUUGUGUUAGAUACUGAGAAAAUUACUCAUAGGUGCAUAAGCGGUGUCCUUAUGGGAAAUAAAAUAAUAAUUUGCGACAAAAUUAACAAGAGGGUCGUAAUAUUUGAUUCAGAUGGAAUGAAAAUCAAUGAAAUAUUGCUUACUGGAUUGCCUUGUGAUAUAACUGUCGUUGACGCAGAAAAUGUUGCUGUGACAAUUUUCGAAGAAAAGGUUAUAAUGGUGGCAAACAUACAAUCACUCAAAGUGCAUACUGAACUUAAAAUAGAUUGUUAUGCUAAUGGUAUAACAUUUCAGGACGAUGAAUUUGUCGUUGCUCAAGACUGUGCAAUCAGCAGAAUAGACUCCAUGUCUGGGUCCACAAUUAGGCAAAUAUCAACAUAUGAUACAUGGUUCUGUUGUUACAUUCGCACGGAUGUCUACAUUUAUGGGACUGGAAAUUAUGUUGUUUGCUUAAGAAAAGGGAAAAGCGUCUUCAAAUAUAGUAGUGAUUGUUUGUCAAGACCAGCAGGAAUAGACUUAGAUUCUCAAAGAAACAUUUAUAUUUGCGGAUGCAUGUCAAACAAUAUUCACCAACUUAAUAAAGGUGGAAAGUUAAUCAGAAUAAUUCCUACGGAAACACUCGGAAUAACAUCACCAUGGAUUAUUAGAUUUCUAAAAGACAGUAACAAGUUCUUGUUGACCUCGGAGAACUCAGGCAAAACUGUCUUGGCUGAAAUAGAUUAAAUGGAGACUUUAAAUCGUAGCUUUAUUUUAUAAAUGUUAAAUUAGUAUAUUCGAGUUCUAUUGUACUGCGUUUCUGUGAUAUCGGGGUAUUCAUAUUUUCGCGUAAAGACGAACAAAUCAAUCUCCAAAAUUCAUCAGUGUAGAAGUCAUAAAUACCAACAUCGAAAGAAUUAAUGUCAUUGGUGAAGAAUAAUUUCUUCUUGGUAUAAAAAUACGAAUCAGUGGUUGACAUUUUUUGCUGUUCAUCAUAUGUGUUUCGUUUAUCAUUGUUAUGUACUUAAUCCAGGCCGUUAGGGUUUCUCGUUUUGGAAUGUUUAACAAUUUGUCAUGUCGGGACCUUUUAUAGCUAACUGUCGGUAUGGGUUUUGCUCAUUGUUGCAGGCCGAACGGUGACCUAUAGUUGCGUAUGUCUACGUCAUUUGGCUCUGUUGGAUAGUUGUCUUAUAGGCAAUCAUACACAACUCCUUAUUUUAUAAUUCAAUGGUAUUAACUCCUAAAAGCCUUAAGGGGUCAAGUGACUAUUUCGGUCAUUUAAUUUAUUUGAAGUUUAUAUCUUGCUAACAUU